ACCAACAUCUUCAUUUGUUUUUAAAUUCCAAAAUUAGCAUAUAUUUGCCUUAUCGUUGAAACUGCAUCAAGACGUGAUACCCUAACUCCUUUAUACCACCAUAUCCGAAGAUGAUCAUUAUGGACCAAUCUGCUGAGGAGAUUUUCAACUUAUCGCUAUCCGAGAUUGUGAUUAAAUGUCCCCCGGAGAUUAGCAAUUAUUUCAUGGGCGCCGCCUUGACCCGACUCAACCAGAUGCCGCUCUUUGGCGAAGACGAUUCGGCUUUGUUAACGAGGCAACAACUGAAUCAGACCGAUCAUUUCCUUGUGACCGAUAGCAGCGGCGUUAGUGAUUGGCCUUCCACCGUGCUAACGGGUUUGGUUAGUUCUGUUCCGACACCGGUGGGCAUCCUGCGCAAUCAUCAGCACAGCAUCAAUACGGCCAAACAACAGGAGGACAUGCAGAGGUUGAAAUACUACUCGUACGGUAUCGCGCUGCCCGCCAUCUGCAUCUUGGGCAUCUUGGGAAACGUUCUCAAUUUGAUCGUCUUGACUCGGCCAUCGAUGAGAGGACCAGCUUACGUCUACAUGAGAGGAUACGCUGGUGCUGCUCUUCUGGCAAUUGUCUUUGCAUUGCCCUUUUCCAGUCGGAUUCUAUUUCACAACGAGGUCGGACCGUGGAAGAGUUUCGCCCAAGCUUUCUUUCACACCCAUCUCGAGCUUUUUCUGGGCAACGCUUGUCUGGGUAUCGGUGUUUUAAUGCUAGUGGCUCUGACGGUGGAACGGUACCUGGCCGUUUGCCGGUUGGGACGAACGCGAGCCUUCGCCGCCAAGAAGACACCGCUGGUGGCCGUCGGUUUGGCCUUGUUAGCCGUUUCGCUUUACCUACCAUACUUGUUCCGCGCUCACGUCAUCACAUGCUCCACGGUACCUGACGGGCUGCCCGUCUAUAGGAAACGAGAGAACCCAUCGUUUGCUCAUUCCACCUUGUGGGCCGCUUACCUCUGGACACUUGAAGUCAUUUUCAAAAUGGCGCCUACACUUAUCAUCGUCCAUCUCAAUUGCUGUAUCAUCGUCGUGUACAGGCGAACGUGCGCCAGGCGGCGGAGUAUGUUAACAAAAGCGCCUACGGCUUCGCAACUUCUUCCGCCUCCAUCGUCCGUGCAAAGCGCUAAUGGCAGUCAUCAUCAGAGCGGUUCAUCACCGACCAUGGUCACAUCCGUCAACAGGGAUGGAGCCGUUAGUUUCGUUUCCAACAACGGCUCAGAUCGAAUUUGCAGCGAAAAUCCGCCUCAGCAACAGCAGAGCCGACUUCCCAAUGGCCAGCAAGCGGAUGAUUCAAGACGUUAUUGGGAAGAGAAGCGAUUAAUGUUCCUGCUCGGUUCCACUUCUAUCCUAUUUUCCGUAUGCAUCACGCCACAGCUAGUGCUCUCUCUUAUGAUUCAUGAAGCUGUUCUUCAGUCAUACUACUUCCAGGUGUUUCGCGCUGUGGCCAACAUUUUGGAGGUGACCAACUACUCGUUCACCUUCUACAUUUACUGCAUGUUCUCGCGUGAUUUUCGUGCGACAUUGUUGCAAACGCUGCGCAUCUCACGUCCAAGUGGCACACCUCAUCAGACGUGUUUGUAACACGACAAGCCACUGGCAGCUGGCCAAACCAAUGGAGGCGUGUGUUGCCGAACGAAAUCAGCAGCACCUGUCCGACUUGAUGGCGUGAAUUUUGAAAACAUUGAAUCUGAAACACAAGACGUUUCAGGUAUCGAAUGAAAUGACCACACCCUACUUUCAACAAGUGUACAUAUUCCACGUCAAUGUCCCUUUUUUUUUAAAUUUAUUUUUAAGAGUCAUAAUGCAAAUACGAUGCUCUGAGGCAUUUUGCAAUUUAUAAAUGUGAACGCCUAUAUCUUUCUCAAUUGAUGUAUUUUUCAUUUUGCAUGAUUCGCUAUG